AUGAAUGAAGAAUAUUCCAAAGAUGUUUUAGCAGUAGAUCAUCAAAUGCGAUUGGAUACUGUGAAAAAGGAUACAGUAGAGUUUAAUAAUUUUAAAACCUGUUUCAAUUAUCUUUCGACAAUCGAAACAAAAACGAUCUAUUUUAUUAUUUGUGGUUCGUCUGGCAAAAAUCUCUUUCCUCUGUUAUACGAACAAGAACGAAUUCGAUUUAUUUACACUUAUUAUAUUCACAAAAAGACACGGAUUGCCUGGAUAAACUCUCAUACUACUGACAAAUUCCGUGGAAUCUUCAGCAAUAAAGCCAAUCUUAUCGAUAAAUUAAUCGAAGACUUAACUGCAUCAUUGACUCCCGGUCCAUCCUUAAGUAUAUUUAGUUUAACUGACAAAGAAAAGUCAGUCAAAGAUUUAAAUAAAGAACAAGCAAAAUUUCUCUGGUUUCAAUUACUUUUAGAAAUCUUAUUACGUUUACCAACAAGAAAAAGUGCCAUUAAAGAGGUUGUCAAUGAAUGUAAAUCACAUUACUAUAACAAUACAUUACAAUUACAAAAGAUCGAUGAAUUUGAGAAAACCUAUCAGGCAUCAGAUGCUAUCGAUUGGUAUACGCGUGACUCUUUUCUAUAUCGAGUGUUAAACCAAGCGCUUCGAUUGCAAGAUAUUGACGCCAUUUUCAAACUACGUUUGAUCAUAAACGAUAUUUACAAUCAAUUAAGUGUAUUACAUAAAGAAUCGAUGUUAACGACCAAGAAAAUCUUUCGUGUUUAUCGUGGUCAAGGAAUAUUUCUCGAUGAAUUUAAACACUUGAAGAAUAAUGUUGGUGGAUUUAUUUCAAUAAACUCAUUUUUUUCGGCGACAACUUCAAGCGUACUUGCACUUUCAUUUGCAGGUGAUGGAUCUGGACGUCCUCUGAUAGAAUCAGUACUAUUUGAAAUCGAGAUUGAUUCGACAAUUGUUGCUAAGCCGUAUGGUAACAUUGCAAAGGUCAGUCAUUUGAAGACCGAAAAUGAAGUUCUAUUUUCUAUGGGGAAUAUUUUUCAAAUUGAAAGUGUCGAAGAUUUAAGUGAAGAGAUAUGGGUUAUUAAAUUAAUCUUGAGUACUGAAAAUAAACAAUUGAAUGACUUAAUCGAGCAUUUUAAAAAUGUUAUUGGACAAAGAACGGACAUUCUCACAUUUGGAAUAUUUUUAUACAAAAUGGCUGAUUUUACUCGAGCAGAAAAAUAUUUUCGUAUUAUCCUUCGUCAGGCAUAUUUGAAUCCACUUGACAAAGGUAGANAAGAUUUAAGUGAAGAGAUAUGGGUUAUUAAAUUAAUCUUGAGUACUGAAAAUAAACAAUUGAAUGACUUAAUCGAGCAUUUUAAAAAUGUUAUUGGACAAAGAACGGACAUUCUCACAUUUGGAAUAUUUUUAUACAAAAUGGCUGAUUUUACUCGAGCAGAAAAAUAUUUUCGUAUUAUCCUUCGUCAGGCAUAUUUGAAUCCACUUGACAAAGGUAGAAUUUUCAAUUGUCUCGGUGCAUUGUAUAGCGAGAAGGGAGAUUAUGAUCGAGCUCUCAAAUUCUAUAAGAAAUCUCUGAAGUUUCAAUUGAAAUAUCAAAUAAUUAUGAAUGAUUUCGAUUGUCUUUCUUCAACAUACAACAAUAUGGGACAUCUCUUCGAUGACAAAGGUCAAUACAACAUUGCCUUGAAGUAUUACCAGCAUACGCUCUUCAUAUAUAGAAACUUUCCUGAAAGUACGGAAAAUGAUCUUGCUGCAGCAUAUGGAAACAUUGGAUGUCUACAAUUCAAACAAAAGAAGUUUGAAAUAGCUUUGAAGAAUUUGCAAAAAGCUUUAAAUAUUCGAUUAAGAAAUUUACCCGCGAACCAUCCUGAUAUUUCUAUAACAUAUAACAAUAUUGGUCAAAUUUAUUUUCAAAAAGGAAGUUAUCAAAAUGCGUUAGAUAAUUAUAAAAUGGCUCUACACAAUCAACAACAAUAUCUCACUCCGACCGAUCCAAAAUUAGCAACAACGUUAAAUAAUAUGGGAGAAUUAUACAGCGAAGUUGGAUGUUAUGAUAAUGCUUUAGAUAAUUACCAAAAAGCUGUUGAUAUACAACAAAAAACAUUACCAUUGAGUCAUCCUGAUCUGGCUAUUAUGUUCGAUAACAUUGGAUGUGUUUAUGCAAAGAAAGGAGAUCAUUCUACAGCGUUGGAAUAUUUUCAAAAAGCAUUGACAAUCGAACUUAUUUCUCUUGACAAAAAUCAUCCGAUUUUUGCGGUUACUUAUAAUAAUAUUGGAAAUAGUUAUUGUAAAUUAGAACAAUAUGUCAUCGCGUUACGAUACUUUCAAAAAGGACUUCAAGUACGCUUGAAAUCGUUACCGAAGAAAGAUCUUGCCUUCGCUUCAAUUUACAAUAAUAUGGGAUUAGUUCAUUACCAACAAAAGAACUAUACUCAAGCUUUAAAAUAUCAUAGAAGAUCGCUUCAUAUCAAACGAUUGCACUUACCGUUAAAUCAUCCAGAACUAGGCUCAUCUUAUAAUAAUAUUGGAUUGAUUUACCACAAGAAAGAUAAUUAUGCUAAAGCUCUGAAAAACUAUGACAAAUGCAUUCAAAUUCGACUUCAAUCAUUACCGUCCAAUCAUCCUGACUUGGGAAUUACUUACGAUAAUAUCGGGAUGAUCUAUCAUGAUAAAGAAGAUUAUCCGAAUGCAUUGAUAUAUUUCCAAAAAGCCUUAGAUAUACAAUUACCAACCAAUCAAGCGAGUCUUCAUGUUACUUACCUAAACUUCUGCCAAGUUUACGUCAAAUUAAAAGAUCGAGAAAUGGCUUCGUUUUACUAUAAUAAAUACUUAGAACUACAAAAUUAA